AGAGAAAGAGAGAGAGAGAGAGAGACAGAGAGAGAGAGCGAGAGCGAGAGCGAGAGUGAGAGACAGAGACAGAGAGAGAGACAGAGAGAGUCAUGGGACCUUUGAGAUUAUAAACUCCUUGUUUUUGCUGCUGUUUAAAAGGUUACCGAACAACAACAUCAAUUGGACUACUAAACUACUAACUAGGAUUUUGUCUAGCUGGUAUGGAUAUAUCUGAGUCUAGUUUCUGUUGUGAGGCCAGUUCUUUGCCAGGCCAGGAUGGAACCGGUCAGCGUCCAUGGGUGUCUUCCCCCAGCCCGGGUCCUGAUCGUGGGCUAAGACCCUUCGACAAGACCCCCCUCUCUGAAGGAUCUGGAGACUGUGGCCCCGCUGGGUCCCGUAAAGAGGCCGGUACAGGAGCCCCAGGGAGUGGACCAUGGACAGGGGCAGGUAGUCCUGACUCGACCCACCCAGGAGCACCUUCCUUGGGUAGCGGAGAAGGGAAGCCAGGGGGUGAGUCGAGGAUCCGUCGGCCCAUGAACGCCUUCAUGGUGUGGGCUAAAGACGAGAGGAAACGACUGGCUGUUCAGAACCCAGACCUCCACAAUGCUGUCCUCAGCAAGAUGCUGGGUCAGUCGUGGAAGGCCCUGACUACUCUGGACAAGCGUCCCUUCGUUGAGGAGGCCGAGAGACUCCGCCUCCAGCACCUGACGGACCACCCCAACUACAAGUACCGCCCCCGUCGCAAGAAACAGGCCAAAAAGCUCAAACGGGUGGAACCGGGGCUACUGCUCCACAGCCUAGCCCAGGGAGAGACAGGGGAGGUCUAUGGACACCCACAGGAUAGUUAUGUACAUCCAGGCCACCAUCACCCCCAUCACCACCUCUUGCCUCCUCUCGUCCACUUUAGGGACCUUCACUCAGGGGACCUGGAGAGCUACGGCCUGCCCACACCGGAGAUGUCCCCCCUGGAUGUGAUGGAGGAGACAGGAGGGGAUGGAGGGGUGUUCUUUCCCCCUCACAUGCAGGAGGACACGGGCCCGCAUGGCGCUUGGAGUAACUACCAUCAUUAUAACAAACACCAUCACCACAACCCUCACAACCCUCACAGUAAUCACCCCCGUUCUUUUAGUCAGAGUCAGGGUCAUAGUCAGGGGCAUAGUGGUCAUGAUCAUCAUCUUAGCCAGAGGGGCUCCUUGCUCUGUCGUCGUCCCCAGGAGAAGUACCUCAGCCUGCCUCCAGAGCCUACGAACUCUCCCAGUCUGUACUCUAACCCCCAGGGCUCCUCUAUAAGCCUGUCUGAGCAAGUCAAACCUCAUCGUUCUAUCAGUAGUUCCUCUGUUUCCUCUGGUUACUAUAGUUACCUGUAUAGUAGCUCUGGAUCAGACACCAACCAGUCAUCCCACUUCACCUCUCACCUGGGGCAGCUCUCUCCCCCACCUGAGUCCUUAUCCCUGGCCCCUACAUCCAACCCCUUAGCCCCCCAGUCCCUGGACUCUAUACGGGACCAGCCAGGCCAUGGUUCCUUAGGUCCGACGUCAACAGAGUUCUGGACAGAAGUGGAUCGACAUGAGUUUGACCAGUACCUCAGUGCCAGCCGGACUCGAACGGAGGAGCAUGGGGGUACUCUCGUCCCUGUUUCUAAUUCUUUGGAACGGUACGGGGGUGGAGCUAUAGCCUUGAGGAGGAGCCCUGUCGCCUGUGAGGAGAGCCAGAACAGUCCUCUAAUUUCACUUCUGUCUGAUGCUAGUAGUGUCGUCUACUACAGUACCUCUAUCACUGGCUAGACUCCUGGUCUUAGACUGACGUAGUGUUCAGAUGUUCGCUGUAGUCUGGAACAGUCCAGUACAGCCUACCAGACCUGUGGCUCAAUGGUAUGUCAAAAAAACAUACUUUUAAUUCUUGAGUGACCCUUGAUGUAGUUUGCACUACGAAAUAGUAACAGACGUGCAAAACACUAAACUUAAGCACCUCAACAUCAAACAAACAAAAAACGUUCAAGUAUUUGAAAGAAUUGGACUUUAAAGUAUUUCACACAGGUUGAGGACUUGAUGACUUUCAGCGUAAGAUUGUUUUAUAGUCUGCAACAGACUACUGCAGACCACUAAAGAAUACUGAGCUCUCUUACUUACUGCCCAGACAGGCAGAACAUUUAUAAUGACAAAACUGCUCAUUUUUAUUAUAGACAUUUUUAUACGCUUCCUGUUUCCUGUUGUUUGUUUUAUUUGUGUUGAAUUAUUUGCACUGGGUCAAAAACGUGUGCAUAGGAAGACCACUAUGGUAUAACACUUUGGGUAACACAUUAUCUUGACAAUACUAUCUUGAGAUGCUCUACAGACCAUUUACAAGCUAUCAGAAACAUUUUAACUAACUGUCUACUAACCCUAACCCUAACCCUUAUCCUA